CCUACAAGGGUCUUGGCAUGGGACGCAGGAGUCAGAUGUCCCUCUGGAAUGGGGACAGGCAUGCAGGCUGCUAUUCCAGGGCUCUGAUCAUGGCCACCUAUUUAUAGUGCUGAGGGGGCUCAGCCCUCCCCACACAGGCAGUGGAGAGGCUGCCCUGCUGCAAUGUCACUGGCGUCACUGCCACUGCAGGCUGCCAGCACCUGCCACUGCCGCUGCAGGAGACCGAGGGGCCUAGGCCAGGCAGGGACCCCAGGGCCACCAGGCACUGUGUGAAGCAAGGACGUGGCCGGCCUGAUGGGCAGCACCAUGGAGCCCCCCGGGGGUGGGUACCUGCACCUGGGUGCUGUGACGUCCCCGGUGGGCACAGCCCGCGUGCUGCAGCUGGCCUUCGGCUGUACCACUUUCAGCCUGGUGGCCCACCGGGGCGGCUUCGCGGGCGUCCAGGGCACCUUCUGCAUGGCCACCUGGAGCUUCUGCUUCACCCUUUCAGGCCUGGUGGUGGCCUGCGAGUUCACCCGGCUCCACAGCUGCCUGCACUUCUCCUGGGGCAACUUUACGGCGGCCUUUGCCAUGCUGGCCACACUGCUGUCCGCCACGGCUGCCGUCAUCUACCCACUGUACUUCACCCGGAUGGAGUGCCUACCCGAGCCCUCUGGCUGCACAGCCAGGGACUUCCGCCUAGCAGCCAGCGUCUUUGCCGGACUCCUCUUCCUGGCCUAUGCUGCAGAGGUGGCCCUGACCCGGGCUCGACCGGGCCAGGUGGCCAGCUACAUGGCCACAGUGUCAGGGCUCCUCAAGAUUGUCCAGGCCUUUGUGGCCUGCAUCAUCUUUGGGGCGCUGGUCCACGACAGCCAAUAUGGGCGCUACGUGGCCACACAGUGGUGUGUGGCCGUCUACAGCCUGUGCUUCCUGGCCACCAUGGCUGUGGUGGCCCUGAGCGUAAUGGGCCACACUGGGGGCCUGGGCUGCCCCUUCGACCGUCUGGUGGUUGUGUACACCUUCCUGGCUGUGCUUCUCUACCUCAGCGCCGCCGUCAUCUGGCCCGUCUUCUGUUUUGACCCCAAGUACGGUGAGCCCAGGCGGCCCCCCGACUGCCCUAGGGGCAGCUGCCCCUGGGACAGCCAGCUGGUGGUGGCCACCUUCACCUACAUCAACCUGCUUCUCUACGUCGCCGACCUCGCCUACUCCCAGAGGAUCCGCUUCGUGCCCACCCUGUAGCCCGGCAGGCAGCAGCCCUCCCACCUCUGCUCUCCAGGGGCUCCAAGCACCAAUGAGGGUGACCCAGGUGAACCCAGACCCCUGGGGAGUGAGCAGGAGGGAGGCAGCUGGGAGGGCAGCUCCUGGACUUCUGGCAGCGCUCAGCAGCUCGGCCCAGGGAGGGGCAGAGAGGGACAGAGGGGCAGGAGGCCCUGAGCAGGACACAGGGGAGAAGCCC